AUGGGACCGCCAAGGAGAAAGGUGCUUGCUACAGCUGAAGAGACUCUAUUUCCACCUGAUGAGCUUGCUGAAGGGCAAGAAAUUGCUCGAGUUAUCAAGGCGACUGGGAACAAUGUCUAUUUAAUAGAACUCUCUUCAAAGAAGACCAUGUUGGUAGAAUUACCCGCCCGAUUCAGAUCCACAAUCUGGAUGAAGCGGCGUUCAUAUGUUGUGGUGGACAUGAACGCCCUGGAAGGCAGAGACAACAAGCUCGGUGGUGAGAUUAUCAAUAUCGUCAGGGAUGAGAAGGCCUGGCGCAAGGCUCCUUUUUGGCCCAAGGAGUUUGUCAAGCAACCAGUCGCAGUGGUAUCAUCUGAUGAUGAAGAGGAAGAAGAGUCCAAUGUUGGAAAGAUGCCGUCCUCGGAUGAGUCUGAUGCAUGA